UGUGUGGUAUCUAAAGUGAGACUAAAGCAUCUGGAGCUUCAGGCAAUCUUCUGUUUGUCUUCAGGCGUCUCUCUUUGGUGUGUCUUCUGUCCAUGUUCGUUCUGUCUUUAAUUAAUCUUCUGUCACUUCUCGGGCCAUUUUAGACAAUCUUCUGUCUGUUUUUGGUCCCUCUUUGAUUUGUCUUCCGUCUGUUUACUGUCUGUCUUCUGACAGUACCGUCAUCCCUCCUCACACACAAGGGUGGGCGGCCAUGACUUUGUCUCUUGUUUGACCGGUUGCCCUUCUUCUGAGCCAUUUUGUUAUGCAGUGGUUGGUACCUACCAUAAACACCCCACAACACUUUCAGUUUUGGAGACUCCCUAACUAGGACCUUCCAAUCAGACUUGGGUGAAAAUCGCUCAGAUCCUUGAACCUGCCCGUUUUGGACCGCUCACUUGGGAAACUAUAUCCCACCCGUGCCAUCGUAACACGUUAGUCCGUGCUAUUCGCGGACAAUCUUGGCGGUUUCAACAUCCAAAGUAGGCCAUCGGUCCACUUUGGACGUGUCUCAAACCACACUCGUUGGAGGGGGGCAUGCUGUGUGGUUUACAACUAAGAUAAUUCUUAUUCAGGAAGCCAUAUCAUUACUGUAUGUGUGUAUGUAUGUGUGUGUAUGUGUGUGUGUGUGUAUCACACUUUAUGGUGGCUUAAAUGUCAAUGAAGAAACACUACAGCAAUAAAUGUUAAACACACACACUUUAUUAUCAGUCCAUAUAUAUGCAACGUACAUGCACACCUGGACCUGCCCCGGUCCCCUUGGUAACCAGUAGUAGCCUCUGCUUCUGUGAAUAGAGAAUAUUGAAUUUCGUUUGGGACACGUCCAUAAUGUGGUGAUUCGGGACACGUCCAUGGUGGACUUGCAGUGUGUACGUGUCCCGCUAUAUAUAUUAAAUAAUGUGAGACACCCUACACUACAAACGAUUGAGGGCACGUCCAGACAAGCCUGCAUUUUAAAAAAUGAUGAAGAAAGCAUCACGAGAGGGUUAAUAUUUGGAACGUUGCAUUUAAAAAGGCAUUGUUCCUGAAAGAACAGGACGUUACCAUUGAGACGAGGCCAAACCAGUUCCGUGGUGCAUUCCCCCUCGGAUUAAUUUGCAACCCUGCCUCUGUAUAAACACAAACUGGCCUCACAAUAGAAGAUGAAGGUCCUGUCAUACAAGGAAGUGUAGCUGAGUGGUAAUUUUCUUUCAGAGCUCAAAGUCCAGGCAGGAUAAAUUCCUGGAUAGACCACACACUAUCACAUAGUUAUUCUUCCCCACCAAAUACUACGGUCAGACAGAUGAGUGUUUAAAGGUUUGGUUGGUGGAUCUAUCGCACUUCUGAUGGAGCUAAGAGAAUUCAACCGAGAAGGUCCUAACAGCGGCUACGGCUCACUAAGGUUACGCAAAGGUCCCUUGAACAAAGGUAUUGAGGGCACAGUGCAGUUUGACUGGAACUCACGUCCCAAUGAGGACGAGGGCGAGGAUGAAAAUGCAGACAAAAUGCAAAAGCUCAGAGAACUGCCGCUCCACAUGGGGCUGAAGAAAGCUAUACGGCAGGUGCAGCAGAUGCAAAUUCCCGUUGUCUCUAGUUGGGGCUCCUGGCGUUUCCGUUCCUCCAAGACCUUUCAGCGUUUUCGCGAGGACCUGUGGAGCGUUUUAUAUUUCAUCGAGCUCUGGAGGAAGUCCAUGCACCAGAUCGGAGGACAUUUCGGAGGAGGCGUCCAAUCCUACUUCCUGUUCUUGCGAUUCCUGGUUAUUCUGAACUUCCUGUCCUUCAUGUUGAUGGCCGGGUUCGUUAUCAUCCCCAGCAUCGUUUUCCGCUCAAACAACUCGAGUGGUCAAUUACUCGUUCCCUCCCUCAACCUUUCAGGUGUGGAAGUGUGCCUGCUUUACGACGUUCAGCCUCAACCUCUGACCAUUUACUACACCUACUUCCUGGAUUUGCUCUCAGGAACUGGCUUCAUGGAGUACUCGUAUUUGUUCUAUGGGUUUUAUAACAACACAGAGGUCCUAAGCAAUGGGUUUUCUUACAACAUUCCAUUGGCUUACCUGCUCACCGCCGCUUUCUACUUCCUGUUUUGCUUGUUAUGCAUCGUGGUCCGGAUGGGUGGAGUGGUGCGGCUCGUCGUGGCGAUGGACGGCGGACGAUUAGGAGGGUACAGUGUGCUUGUUUUUACAGGGUGGGAUCACGGCCUUCAGGAUCCAGGAGCUGCCAAAGUUAAACACAACAACCUGCGCUAUUGCCUACAGGUGGAUCUGGAGGAGGAGAGGAUUAAGAAGAAAUCUGACUCGCUCACUCUGUCUCAAGUGUUCAUUCUUUAUUCCCUCCGAGUCCUCCUAAGCCUUAUUGCUUUGGCCAUGAUAGUCGGCGCCUUCUUCGCCAUCGGUUCCGCCACUCUGUACAGUCAGCAGUUUCCGCAGCAGGACGGCGUUGUGGGAUUGCUGCUGCAGUAUCUUCCCUCCAUCGUUAUAACCGCCAGCAAUUUUGUUGUUCCAUUCCUGUGUGACCAGAUCGCAAAACUGGAGAAAUAUUCACCUAGCGUCACUGUGAUCUUCGCUUUGCUACGGGCCGUGUUUCUCCGAUUUGUGAGUUUAGCUGUACUCUUGUCCACUCUGUGGGAACAGAUCACGUGUAAAGGAAACGCAGAGGAUCAAAAAUGUUCACCCUGCAGUUACAGUUACACAAAUUACCAGUGCUGGGAGACACGUGUUGGACAGGAAAUGUACAAACUGACGCUGUUUGACUUUCUCAUCACAAUCGCGGUGCUGAUACUGGUUGAGUUUCCUCGCAGGCUGAUGGUGGAUCACUGCUCGUGUAAGCUGUCUCAGUGGUUCGGGCGUCAGGAGUUUGUUGUUCCCUCAAACGUGUUAGCCCUCGUUUACAGUCAGACUGUAGUGUGGAGCGGCGCGUUGUUCUGCCCCAUACUGCCCCUCAUCAACACCAUCAAGUUCAUCAUCAUCUUCUACUGCAAAAAAGUCACUCUAUUCCAGAACUGUCGUCCGGCCGUGAGGACGUUCCGCUCCACCAGCUCCAACUUCUUUAUCUUCCUGGUUCUUGUGUUCGGCUGGGCGCUCUCUAGUGUGGUGCUCAUUUAUAGUGUUGCUAGUAUUCAUCCGUCCUAUGGAUGCGGGCCGUUUCGUUUCUUCUCCUCCAUGUGGGCUGUGGUUCCUGCUUCCUUUCAUUCUCUGUCCGUCACAACGCGGGAGUUUCUUCUGUACGUCGGCUCACAAGCUUUCUCCAUCCCGCUUUUCAUUUUAUCAUGUGUGGUGAUGUGUUACGUGGCUGCGUUGGCUUCAGUUUACGGGAAAACCGUUGACCUCCUGAAAAAACAACACAAACUGGAAGGACGAGACAAACAGUUCCUGAUCAAACAGAUCAAGGAUCUGAGUGCAAAAGUUUCCCGAAAUGAGCAUGUAACGAAACUCGGAGAAGCAGGAAAUGCCGCGCCCAGAUGGGAAGGAAAUUACAAUUCUGCGUUUGAGUUAAAUGAAGAAGACUUUAGAAACAGUGGAUAUUAUAAGAGAGACAUUUGACAUUCAGGUCAUUCUGUAGGAACCUUUUUUUUUUUUUUUUUUAAACUAUAAUUAUACAGUGACUGUGAGAGGGUUUGCUCUGUGCCUUUACCAUAUGCUGUAAUAUAAUGUAAAAAAGAUAUGUACAUAUCAAUAAAGUGUGUCUAUUGGUAUAUCUAUCUAUCUGUAAUUUGAAAAAAAUUAUAAUAAAAAAAAUGUACAGAUAAAUUAACAAA